CGGUGGGACCGGGGGUCCGGGGAGCCAUCGCCCCCCCCCCUCCCUGACGGGGCUCGGUGCGGGCGUUGUUGUGAUGGAGCUCCUCUGGAGGCUAUGACAUGUGGUGCUUACAGUGUACCUCGGAGCGGAGCCAGUCUCUGCUCGACCUGAGCUGUGACAGCUAUGGCGUGGAAGGUGAUGCUGCAGGCGGUGAGGCCGGACCCUCGCUGGGCCCCGGAGGAAGCUACGCCUGCGUCCCCGUAAGCCACCACCAGCGGGACGUGGGACCCCGGUCCCUGGAGCAUCUGGACGACGGCGGCGUUGGCGUCGGCGUCGGCGUCGGCGGGCAGCUGUACGGACACAUCGUGGUGCUGCCGGGGCACCAGCGGCCCCGCAGGCCCAAGCUCCAGCCCUCGCAGUCGGUGAUCCGCAAGCAGGCGGAGGAGGAGGCCAUCAAACGCUCCCGCUCGCUCUCCGAGAGCUACGAGCUCUCCGCCGACCUCCAGGACAAACAGGUGGAGAUGCUAGAGAGGAAAUACGGCGGCCGGUUCAUCACGCGCCAUGCGGCCCGCACCAUCCAGACGGCCUUCCGCCAGUACCAGAUGAACAAGAACUUCGAGCGUCUCCGCAGCUCCAUGUCCGAGAACCGCAUGUCCCGCCGCAUCGUCCUGUCCAACAUGAGAAUGCAGUUCUCCUUUGAAGGGCCCGAGAAAGUGCACAGCUCCUACUUCGAGGGCAAGCAGGUCUCCCUGACGGACGACGUCGGCGGCGCCGGCGGCCAGCUGGGCGCUCUGGUGGCGGCCGAGCACGGCGCGGGCGGCGGGGGGGACCUGGGCGGCGGCGUCCCGCCCAAAGCGCCCACCGCCCAGACGGACUUCACCGACGCCAUCACCGAGCUGGAGGACGCCUUCUCCCGGCAGGUCAAGUCCCUGGCCGAGUCCAUCGACGACGCCCUGAACUGCCGCAGCCUGCACGGCGAGGACGGCCCCUCGGACGCCCUGCCGCCGCCGCUGCGGUCCCGCCCGGACCCCGAGCGGGACCUGGGCCACCUCCUGAGCUACCAGACCAAGCCGUCCUCGCUGUCCUCGGAGCCCCGCAAGCUGGACGAGAUGCGGGCGUCGUACAGCGACGUGACGCUCUACAUCGACGAGGAGGAGCUAUCCCCGCCGCUGGCGCUGACCCAGUCGGGGGAGCGGCCGUCCAGCACGGAGUCGGACCUGCGGCUGCGCUCGCUGGGCUCCUCCCAGGACUACUGGUCCCUGGUGCACAGCAAGGACGACGCCAAGGGCGACACGGACACCAGCUGCCGCAGCACGCCCUCCCUGGAGCAGCAGGAGCAGCGGGAGCAGCGGCCGCGCGUGGACCACCUGCCGCUGCUCACCAUCGAGCCGCCCAGCGACAGCUCGGUGGAGCUGAGCGAUCGCUCGGACCGCGGCUCGCUCAAACGGCAGAACGCCUACGAGCGGAGCCUGGGCAGCCAGCAGGGCAGCCCCAAGCACGGGGGGCUGCCCCCGCGGGGGCCGCCGCGGGGGGACGAGGACCCCGCCGUCACCGCCGCCGCCGCCGCCGCCGUCACCGCCCCCCGACACCACCACCACCACCACCACCACCACCACGCGGCGCACCACCACCAGCGGGCGCGGCAGCUGGAGGGACACCUCGCCAUCAACGGCACGGCCAACCGGCAGAGCAAGUCGGAGUCGGACUUCUCGGACGGGGACAACGACAGCGUGAACAGCACGUCCAACUCCAACGACACCAUCAACUGCAGCUCCGAGUCCUCGUCGCGCGACAGCCUCCGGGAGCACACACUCAGCAAGCAGACGUACCACAAGGAGACGCGCAACAGCUGGGACUCGCCCGCCUUCAGCAACGACAUCAUCCGCAAGCGGCACUACCGCAUCGGGCUCAACCUCUUCAACAAGAAGCCAGAGAAGGGGGUCCAGUAUCUGAUCGACAGGAACUUUGUCCCGGACACCCCUGUGGGCGUCGCCCACUUCCUGCUGCAGAGGAAGGGCCUGAGCAGGCAGAUGAUUGGGGAGUUCCUGGGCAACAGACAGAAGCAGUUCAACCGGGACGUUUUGGACUGUGUGGUGGAUGAGAUGGACUUCUCAGCCAUGGAGCUUGACGAGGCCCUGAGGAAGUUUCAGGCCCACAUCAGGGUGCAGGGGGAGGCCCAGAAAGUGGAGCGGCUCAUUGAGGCCUACAGCCAGCGCUACUGCAUCUGCAACCCGGGCGUGGUGCGACAGUUCCGGAACCCGGACACCAUCUUCAUCCUGGCCUUCGCCAUCAUCCUCCUCAACACGGACAUGUACAGCCCCAACGUCAAGCCCGAGAGGAAGAUGAAGCUCGAGGACUUCGUCAAGAACCUGAGAGGGGUGGACGAUGGGGAGGACAUCCCCAGGGAGAUGCUGGUGGGGAUCUACGAGCGGAUCCGGAAGCGGGAGCUGAAGACCAACGAGGACCACGUGUCCCAGGUCCAGAAGGUGGAGAAGCUCAUCGUGGGGAAGAAGCCUAUUGGCUCUUUGCACCACGGUCUCGGCUGUGUCCUCUCCUUGCCCCACCGGAGGUUGGUGUGUUAUUGCCGUCUCUUCGAGGUUCCCGACCCCAACAAACCCCAGAAGCUGGGCGUGCACCAGAGAGAGAUCUUCCUCUUCAACGACCUGCUGGUGGUCACAAAGAUCUUCCAGAAGAAGAGGAACUCGGUCACGUACAGCUUCAGGCAGUCCUUCUCCCUGUACGGCAUGCAAGUGAUCAUCUUCGAGAACCAGUAUUACCCGAACGGGGUGCGGCUGACGUCGGCGGUCCCGGGCGCCGACAUCAAGGUCCUGAUCAACUUCAACGCCCCCAACCCCCAGGACCGCAAGAAGUUCACCGACGACCUGAGGGAGUCCGUGGCGGAGGUCCAGGAGAUGGAGAAGUACCGCAUUGAGUCCGAGCUGGAGAAGCAGAAGGGCGUGGUCCGCCCCAUCAUGGGGUCGCAGGGGUCGGGGGUCAAGAAGGACACCGGGAACGGCCAUCUGAGCCGCGCCAGCCUGGACGACAGCUACGCCAUGGGGGAGGGGCUUAAGCGGAGCGCGCUCAGUAGCUCCCUGAGAGACCUGUCGGACGCAGGCAAGCGUGGGCGACGCAGCAGUGCAGGAUCACUAGACAGCAAUAUGGAAGUAAGUAGGAAGCCAUUGCAUGCCGGGCUGUGCACGCCGUGGUGCUGGAGCGCUGUGCUAGUCUAGCUCUCUGUUUGUUUUAGUUUCUGUCGCUGUGUAUUUUGUCUUGGUGUUGGACUGUUGCCUUGCCUGUCUUUGGUCACCAUGCAUGCCUUGGGCUGACUGCCAGAGAUCUGUCCCGUCUGUCGAGAAUGGGCCCCCUCUCACUCCCUGACAC